CUUGUGUUUCCCGGGCGGUUCGCAGCGGGGAAUGAGAAGCGGCGGCUCGGCGGGGCCCAAGUGACGGAGGCGGUAGUGAAGCGGGCGGGCUCUGGGUGUGAAUGGCGGAGGCCGAGGGGCCGGGUCCGGGCCCGGGAGCGGCCGGAGGCCCCGUGGUUGGAGCUGGAGCUGGAGCCGGGCCGGGCUCCGGGCCGGGAGCAGCGCCGCUUCCCCGCUCCCUGGAACGGGCCCUGGUGGAGGCCGCGGGCUCCGGGCUCCUCAGUCUGAGCGGCCGCAAAUUGAAGGAGUUCCCGAGAAGCGCAGCCGGACUGGACCUGAGCGACACGGUGGAGGCAGAUCUGUCAAAGAACAGACUGAGUGAAAUUCCGCUGGAACUGUGCCACUUUGUCUCCUUGGAGAUGUUAAACCUGUAUCACAAUUGCAUCAAAGUCAUUCCAGACUCAAUCAUCAAUCUACAGACGCUGACCAAUUUAAACUUGAGUCGAAAUCAACUCUCCACAUUACCAUUGUGCCUCUGUGCUCUUCCUCUUAAAGUCUUGAUAGCCAGUAACAAUAAGUUAGUGUCGCUUCCAGAAGACAUUGGACAGCUGAAGUGUUUAAUGGAACUGGAUGUGAGCUGCAAUGAAAUUACAGCUUUGCCACAACAGAUGGGACAACUUCAGUCGCUCAGAGAGUUGAACAUAAGGCGAAAUUAUCUGCAGAUUUUGCCAGAGGAGCUAGCAGACCUCCCGCUUGUGAAAUUAAACUUUUCCUGUAAUAAGGUUGUGUCAAUACCAAUCUGCUACAGGAAUAUGAGGCAUCUACAGACAAUAGAAAUGGAUAAUAAUCCACUGCAGUCUCCGCCAGCACAGAUCUGCAUGAAGGGCCGAGUGCACAUAUUCAAGUACCUGAACAUAGAGGCUUGUAGAAUUGACAAGAAUGCAGAAUCCCUUUACCAGCAACCUAUAGAGAAGGUCCGUGUGUCACAGCCUGUUGGAGGGAGCAUUGAAGACAUUUAUCCUGACAAAAAGCAAGAUUUUGACUCUGGAAUUGGAAGUGACAAUGGUGAUAAGCGCCUGUCUGCAACUGAACCCUCAGAUGAAGAUACAGGCAGUCUGACCCUUCAGAUGGCGCAUAUUUCAGAAGAAAAUCAGCUGAAUAAACAAGAGGAAUAUUUGAAUGUUAGAUCAAUGAAAGUGGAAUCUGAUCAGGAGUCGAAGGAGCUGCUGCAAAAUAAUGUAGAAGUAGAAGAGAGGUUGUCCGGCAGGGAUGAUGUCUUGAGUUCUGAGUUUAGGACUUACAUGAAGGGUCGUGUGACGGAGCCUGAGGAGAUGCUACGAAUUGAGGAAGAUGCAAGCUGGACAGUAGAACAAAUACAAAACACAGAUCAGCAUCUGGAUACAGGACCAGAAGUGACAGAAAACAUGAGUUUGCCAGGAAGCACAGUCCAGGAACAGGAGAGGUUGAACCUGAAUUGUAUGGACAGUAGUGAGGUGCAUCUAUAUCCUUUGGAAUUGGAAACAACAGCCCCUUUAGGACUUAAAGCAUCUGCAGUGAAUGGGCAGACACCAAAAAUUAACUCCACAGUGAAGUUCUCCAGUUACCAGGCUCUUGCUCCAUUUUGUGUAGAUGAAGAUUCUUCACCUGAGACGGAAAGCUCUGCCUUGGAGCUAGAGUUUCAGAGGAAACGUGAAAUCAUGCUAGAGAGAGCAAGGCUUGAAGCUGAGGUGACAUCUCAACGGUUGGAAUGGCAGAAGUCCAAGCAGAAUACGAAUCAGAGCCUGGAGAAGAAUGAUUCUCAAAAUGAGGACGAAGACAAGACUCCCACAGUGACUCCCACAAUGUCUCCUGUAGCAUCCCCCACAACUCCAUUUGGACUGAAGCCACGAUCUGUCCAAGCCAACUCUCCUCCUUUGGACUCCCCUCCUCCCUCCUUCAGAGAGUUGACACAGACACACAUAGAGGAACUCAACACCGUCACUACCCCACAGGAAGAAGACAGAAGUCAUGUUUUCUUUCGGUCAGUGCGGCACUUUGAUUCCAUGGAUCCUCAAUUUACAAUCCGUAGAAAAAUGGAACAAAUGAGAGAGGAGAAAGAACAUAUAGAACAACUGCGGGAGAAUAUUGAAACGAGACUGAAAGUUACUUUGCCAGAAGAAAUUGGAGCAGCUUUGAUGGAUGGAGUGGUUCUGUGUCAUUUAGUCAAUCAUAUCCGUCCACGAUCAGUACUCAGUAUACAUGUACCAUCACCGGCAGUGCCUAAACUGAGCAUGGCAAAAUGCAGGAGAAAUGUGGAAAACUUUCUAGAUGCCUGCAGGAAAAUGGGAGUCCCUGAGGAAAAGUUAUGUCUGCCCCAUCACAUACUAGAAGGAAAAGGGUUGAUGAAAGUAAGUAUGACCGUUCAAGCACUGCUAGACUGGGCCAUAACCAAAUCCCCGUUAUUUUCGUGAAUCCAGAAUUACAUUGCUGCCAGCCCCAGAACUUUCAACAUGUGCGACAAGCUGAGGGCCCAGAGUGGGGACAAGACAUACGAGAAAAAGGACACUUUUCAUCAGUUGACAGGUGGAAUAUUUUCUGUCCAUUAAAACACUAGCAUUAUUUGUUUUGAAAAUAUAAUGGAAAGCUACAUAUGUUAGAGUAUUUAAUCAGUAUGUUAACUUCGCAGAUAUUUACAGCUUUGCGGCAGUGAGGCAAAGCUAGGGUUUUAAGUAUGUUUUAAUAUAUUUAAAAAAAAACUCCCUUUUGGUGUGCUAUUUGUUUAGUUGCUAUGAUAUUCCAAUGGCUUUUAAGAUUCAAUGUGAGAAAGUUUAGAACAUUUUCUUAAGUUAUUUAUAUUAUUUAUUCAGGAGAUGUCCAUUUGGAUGAAGUUGUAAAUUUGACAGACUUACAGCUAAAUCUGCUUUUUAAAAAUGAUAGGAACAAUUUUCUUGUACUGCAACAAUUUGUGCAUUUUAGUUAAUGCUUAGUUUCACCUGUUAAGUGAUCCUUAGGCUUCCUGAAAUGUGAUGGUGAUCUUUAUUUAUGUGAAAUGAUUUGCUGACAGUGAUGAUCAAGUCACUAAUCUGAAUCAGUGUAUCAAAAGCAGCUUAUCUGGAUUGUGUCUCAGGGUGGUCACUGCAACACAGUAAAAUUACCAGUGAAUAAUUCAGUACAGUUUACAAAAGAAAAUGACAAAAAGUCUCUCUCAAUUGAUGAUUGGCAUCUUCCACGAGCUUCAUUCCAUUAAUACAUUCCAGAUUAUGUAUACCUGGUUCAUUCAGACCAGUUAGUUGAUUUGAGGUGAAACCAAUUUGAAUUGGAUUCUCCAAAAGGUUAUGGAAAAUGAAGGAGAUUACUCUCAUGACACACAGAUCAGAUGAGUGGUUUUGGUUAAACAGGAGUUGUCCCUCAAACAGCAAAAGUUGGAAUAGUGACAGUGCUUCUAUGCGCAGGGAAUGAAUGGAGGGUUUUAUAAUCAAUGUACUUUGUUGCACUCAUAUGUGUGAUUGACCUGGCUUGAUUUAGUAAUUAACUCACUUAAAAUGUUUACACAAAGAAGCCAUUUUACACCAUUGUAAGAUAAAUAUUAGUGUACUUAAAAUUGCAAUGAUACCAAAAACUCAGCUAAAACUAGAAGUACUGUCAAAAAACGUAUGGUUUGUUCUGGGUAUGAAGCGAGGCUCUAGACUUUACUACAUUUAGUUCCUUACAUUGAGCUGCAAUGCACAAUUCAAUGUAAUUUAUUCAACUGACCAAUCUCGCAUUCCCAGUGUACCUGAUGGUGGGUGAAACAUGUAACUGCACAACGUACUGCUUGAAUUUCACUUUGUGUUGACAAGCUAGCAAAUGCCAACUAUUGACUUAUUAGCCAAACCUAAAUGUUAGUAACCAAAUCACAUUGAAAUCCUGUUGCCUAGAAUGGAGACCACUACAAACUGUAAUAGUGCCCAGGGUAUCAUACCCUAGCCAUAUUGCCACCAAAAGAUGUCAAGUCACAGGUACUUUGCCUGCCAGUGUUUUGGAAGUGCUUUAACAUUGUUUUAUACACUGCAAAGUGCAGCAAAGCCGAAUACACCACAAAUUACAUUUGUCAAACUCGCAGACUGCUUAAAGGUAACGUGAAUGAAGCUUGCUGUCCAUGGCUGCCAGGUCAAUUAGGUUUACUAACCAGAAGUGGAUAAGAUUUCAACACAAAAGGGAAUGGCUAGAACUUAUGGUAUAAAGAAUGGGUUAAAUAAGCACCAUUUCAAAAUUAAACUAGUUUUAACCAAGAAGCUUAUUUUUCUGUAAAGUACUGGCUGCCAGAAACAGUGACUGAUUUGAUUGUUAAUUAGAUACGAAGGAAUGAUGGGUGUUAGAGAACUGUGCAGGUACAUGUUAAGCUACAGGAGAAGGGAGCUUGCCCUUGCACAAUCUCCAUGAAGAGAAAAAAAAUUGCAGAGCUCUAGAGAAAAGACAGGGGUGUGGGAGUAGCUGAGUAGCUCUUACAGAGAGCCGGCAUGGAGACAAUGGGCAGAAUGGCCUCCUGUGCAGUAAACAUUCUAUGAUUCUAUGUACAAAGAGUGAACACAUGGGGCAGAAAUUUUUGCUUAGUGGGCGGGUGCGUGCCCGACCCUAUCAAGUGUGAAAUGAUGCGCGUUGACGUUGGCUGAGCGUGUCGACAUCAACGUGACAGUUUGUUGGCACCCGCCGACAACUAAAAGGCCUGUUAAGGCCAUCGAGUAAUCAAUUAACAUAGGUUGGACGGCAGCAAAAAGUUUAACAGUUGUUGGGCAGGCAAAAAGGUUUUGGAAACCUCAUCCAUGAGUUUUCCAAAAGCAAAUAAAAAUAAAAUAGAAACUUUAAUUUUUCAUUAUUAACAUGUCUCUGCUUAUGUGACAGAGUCACGAGAGGGGACAUGUUUUAUUAUGUUUUUAUUUUCUUUAUUUUUUUAUAAUCUCUUCACCUCUCUGAGGCAGCUUCGUGCCUCAGGGAGAUUAUGAAGCGCUCACACGCAUGUGUGAAGUUCGCACUCAGCCCGCUCACACUCUCUCUCCACCCCCCCCUCCCCCCCAGGCGCAGGCAGCGCUCAGCACUACCGUUUGCGUUUCACGCUGGGCGGGCCUUAAUCAGCCUGGCAGGGUGAAAUCGUGAUGCAGCAGGCAGCUUCCCAACCUCCCCCGCCGAGCCCGCCCUCCAAUGGCAAAAUCCUGCCCAUGGUGUCAGAACCAAAUCUCUGCUUCUUUUGAAAUACUUUUGGGUUUUUUCCACCUGGACAUUUCUGAAAAAUAUUUAGAAAGAAGGUAAAAGCCGAACACCUCUGUUCCAGUAAAAACUCACCAGAGAAACACACACAGUCAGUAACAUAUCACGACAUUUUUAUAUUUUGGGAGAUAAAUUAUAUUGUCAGAUACAUGUAGUUUAUAUAAUUAUUUUACUAUCAAUUUUUGUUAUUGUUAUCAUCUUUUGAGACAUGCAGGUAGGCUGUGGGAUGAUGCUGCCAGAGCAAUGUUUCACAGGGAAGAACAGGGUGGGUGUGGAGGAGGGGUUCAGUGUACUGAGCACCAUUACAUAGGAAGAACAUUAUUGAUUUUCAACCAUCAUGUCUAGUUAGAAAAAGAAAAUUAUUGAACUUAAGUUUUAUGACACAUUAAAUCAGACAGACAACGGAACGAGGCAACUUGAAAGAAAGAGUAACAUGAUAAUUACUUCUUUUGUCUUAAAGAUUGGUCUUGAUAAUAGUGAUGGACUGUGGAAGAUUCAACUUUUUGUUGGAGGGGUGCAGUGAAAAGCUUUGAUGGGGGCCAGGACCGUAAGGAGAAGGAUGGGGCAGUGAAGAGCAGGGCAGAGCUACAAAGAAUAAAGUGGGGCUGUAAAGAGCUGUGGCAAGUGUGGCAGGGCUGUAAGGUGGUUGGGAGAGUGGGACGGGUUGUAAGAGGCAGGCAGGGCUGUCAGGGACUGAGAGAGUAGGAUGGGAUUGGAGGGAGAAGGACAGGGCUACAGGGAGAUUUGAAGAGUAAGCAGCUGCAGCGUGUUGUAGGGAGCUCUGGAGAGUGGGGCAGGGGCACAGAGUGCUGUACGAUAUGAAUCUGGCACUGGAAAGGAACUUGACUAAUUCAAUUUAUGUCUGCCACUUUGAACAAACGUAGCCACGUGGACUGCAGCGGUUCAAGGAGGCAGCACACCACCACCUUUUCUGGGGCAAUUAGGGAUGGGCAACAAAUGCUGGCCUAGCCAGUGACACCCACAUCCCAUGAAUGAAUAAAAAAAACAUUGUGGAUUGUGGAUUAUAUUCAUUCUUCUCAGAGAUUUAGAGUAAUUUUUUUUAAAAUCUAUAUUUUUCUUGAGAUCACUUCUGUUGUUGAGUGAAAUAGUGCAAGAGGACCAAAACCCUGUUGGAUGUGUAGGUAUCAAAUAAAAUGAAUCAGAGUGACAUUAUGACCAUGUAAUUCACAAGGGAUUAGGUAGUAAUUAUUUUUUAGUAAACUCACCCACUGAUUGUGCCACCUGUUUGUAUAGCAUUGAAACAGUAACUACACUUUUACUUUAUGUGAUGCCCUUGAGCUCAGUUGGAUUGUGGGUUUUGUGACAUGAUGAAAAUCUCUUCCCAAUGGGAUAUGAAUCCCUGCUUUGCACAGGGGAGGCGUGGUGCAGGUCAAGCAUUUUAUUUGCUGAUGGUAAUUGGCUAACUAUUGUAAUGGGUUGUCGAGGGGAAUGGUUAACUGGAAAUAAAUGGGAAGGGGAAUGCUGCAAAAACAAGGAUAUCCAGCAGUACUCUAUGAAUUAUCCUAAAGCAUGAAAUCAGAAAACAGCCUUCUGAUCCCAGAGAACACAAAACGGAAACACAAACUCUUAAAAAAACAGCUUAACAGCGAAAGCUUGAGGUACAUUUGUGACAUGGUCACAUCAUUGAAAUCUGAGGAAAAGGUGUUAUCAAGCUUAAAGAUUUAUGUGUUCAUUAUUAUCAUGAUGAGUAUUUUAAAAUAUGCAGAAAGUAAUGUAUUUAUAAAAGGAACAGAGUGGGAGUGGUGUUCCAGCAAUUAUAUCAAUUACUUUCUAAUGAGCCGAUUUAUUGUAUUCAUGAAAUAUAAUUCCCGAUUCCAAGGCCAGCCACGAGCUAGAAUUGUUUACUAUUGAUUUUGGCGUGUUUAAGUAAGACUAAAAAGCAGAGCACUGCAGUGGGACUAUGCACUUAAUUGGAUAUUUAUUAUCUGAUAGAAUAGAGGAUGGAAAGAGAAACUUGUUUAAAAUGUAUGGCUAUUUUAUACUACAGAAAUACAAAGCCUAAUCAAAGCACAAUUGGUAGAUGAGGAGAAAUCCUGACUCUCACAUCUUAGAGGUGACAAGUGCUGUGAAAAUGCAAUUUACAGAAAGUGAUGUAUUUAAAUGUAUAUAGAUGACCACAGUGCUUUUUUAUUUACAGAUUUUGAGUAUUUGCUGUUGGAAUGGCACAUUGUGUAAUCAAUCAGGUUUUCAUUGAUCACAGCUGGCUUUCAGCAUGUAUUAUAUAAAAAAAGAGUAUUGUUCUAUCUUUUAAUAUUUUGUAAAAUUGCUGUUUCUAUCAAGUCAUCGAAUUCUGGAGCACCCAGUUCUACUUCUAUGGCCAAAAGAUCUUCUGGUGUUUGUAUAUAAUUUGCGCAAUAUAUUUUGCAUGUGUGGCCUGAUAGAUAUCUAAGCCAUUGUAUAUAAUGUAUAUUAUGUAGAAAUCACUUUUAUUGUAACAUCAAUAAUAAAGCCAUGUUAUUUACAAA